AGUAACACUCCAAAAACGCUCACGGUGCCGGUGCCCAACUCAUAAGCAAAUUGAAUUCCUUUAGAACCUCUGGAAUCUGGAACCUCUCAUAUGUGGUACGCAAAGCUCGAAUUGCAGAAGCUCGUUCCAGGUUGUUGUUUUGUUCCUUAGAUGAAUCUACUUGUUUUGUUGCGGAUUUUGGUGUGGAAUUGCGAUUUUUGAGAUCUACUUCAUGUGAUUAUUCAUGCGAUUGGUUUUAUGCUAUUUGUUUCAUGAAUUCAACUUAUUUUUUCUUUCUCAUACAUGCUAUCUCAUGUUUUUAGUGAUAAUUUACAUGUUAUAAACUUAUGACUCGAGUUUCUGGUUUAACUUCUUAUCUCAUCUUUGUUUCAUGGAAGUAAAUGAUAAGAAAAUUUAUGUUACAAUGUGUAGAUGGGCACAUUUGUGUACACUUGUUCUUGUUUAAUUUCAUGAGAUUAAUUUUUCAAGUGUUGUGGCUGGAAAUCAGUAAUGAAUGACCUAUCAUCCCCGGGCCCAGGGCGGCCGCCCCUCUUGCCCUGGCUCAGAAAAUCAAUUCCUAGAAACUGGAACUUCGUAUAGGAACUAAUUCUUAUUUAGAUGAAAUGAGACCGUGAUGUAACUCUUGUUCAGCUGCACACUCUUGAAAGUUGACCUUUUUCCAUAGAUGUGAAAUUAUUAUCUAUAAUAUUUUCAGACUAAAUUGUGAUAACCUCCAAUUGAGCAAUGUGGAGAAUAUAUCGUAUGUUCCUCUCUAUUUUUGAGUGUGUUUACUGAUAGUCUCAAGUUACAUCUGCAUCAUGCUAAACUUAGUCAUUCUUUUUAUUUGUAAGUUUGGAGUUAUAUGUAUAAUUUCCCAAUUAGAGGCUUUAACUACUAGCUUGAUAUAAUAUUAUAAUGUACCAUGCUUAGCUCCACCGCAAUAUGACUAUAUGAGCCUCUGUGCUCCUCCCUACUUUUUUUUACCUUUCAAAAUUUUGUUUGCAUCAACGAUUUCUGAUGGAUGUUGCAGAAGUUGGUGCUAAGCUUUGAUCUUUCAAAGAAUAUACUUUAUUAGCGUUGGCAGCUAAUAGAAAAUGGAAAUUGUUGAAUCCAUUGAUGAUCUAUCAUUGCAAGAUCCACCGGAAGCGGAAUUUUCAUCUGCUGACCUCAAGUGGACCAAGUUUGGUACUGCUGAGCACCAUGAUGAUGUAGCUAAAAUUCCUUAUGAUCGAGUUGAUGAUUUUAUCAUUGGAGAGUGUUCUAAUGUGGAGUUCCCAACUCGAUUUCAUAUUGAGAGAGGACGGAAACGAAGGAGAGGAAGCUUAAAGGAGUAUAAAAGUGAUGAUUAUUUGGAAUAUAAACUAUAUUGGUGUUCAUUUGGUCCUGAAAAUUAUGGAGAGGGUGGUGACAUAUUACCCAGUCGGCGAUAUCGUCUAAAUACCCGUAAUCGUGCUGCCAGACCACAGUCUAUGAGAGGUUGUACAUGUCAUUUUGUAGUGAAACGCCUGUAUGCAUGCCCAACACUUGCACUCAUCAUUUAUAAUGAGAGGCGUCAUGUGAACAAGUCUGGUUUUCCCUGCCAUGGUGCUCUUGAUAGAGAUGCCAUAGGCCCUGGUGCUAAGAAAAUUCCAUACGUUGGCACUGAGAUGCAGCAGCAAGCAAUGUCGAUGAUUUACCUUGGCAUUCCUGAAGAGAAUGUAGUGCAGAAACACCUUGAAGGGAUUCAACGUUACUGUAAUGCAGAUGCAAAACUUAGCAAGAUGGCCUCUCAAUAUGUUCAAAAGCUGGGAAUGGUUAUCAAAAGAUCCACUCACGAAUUAGACCUGGAUGACCAAGCUAGUGUCCGGCUGUGGGUUGAGCGAAAUAAAAAGUCUGUUUUCUUCUAUCAGGAUUCAUCUGACGGCGAUCCAUUAAUUUUGGGAAUUCAAACUGAGUGGCAGGUGCAACAGAUGAUACGAUUUGGGCAUCGCAGCAUCAUUGCAGCAGAUUCAACCUUUGGGUUAAAGAAGCUUAGAUACCCUUUGUGCACGCUUCUUGUGUUUGAUUCAAGACAGCAUGCGCUCCCUGUGGCAUGGAUUAUUACUCGUAGCUUUGCUAAGCCAGAUACUUCAAAGUGGAUGAAAGCACUAGUUGAUCGAAUACGUGCUGUAGAUACUGGAUGGAAGGUCAGUGGUUAUGUGAUAGAUGAUGCAGCGGCAGAAUUGGAGCCUAUAAGGGAUAUGUUCUGCUGUCCUGUGUUGUUUUCCCUUUGGCGUGUACGUAGGGCAUGGCUUAGAAAUAUAGUGAAAAAAUGCAGUGAACUUGAAGUUCAAAGGAAGAUUUUUAAACAUCUAGGUGAUGUCGUGAGCAGCAUAUGGAAGGGAUUGGAUUCUGCAGUUGCUAUUGAAAAGUUCAUGCAAGAUUUCAGUGAUCAAACUGCAUUUAUGCAGUAUUUCAAAGAUUGCUGGUUGCCUAAGAUUGAGAUGUGGCUGUCAAUAAUGCGGACUGUCCCACUUGCAAGCCAGGAAGCUGCUGGUGCUAUUGAAGCCUACCAUAUCAAAUUGAAAACCAAAGUUUUUGAUGAUUCACACCUUGGUGCAUUUCAAAGAGUUGAUUGGUUAGUGCACAAAUUGACCGCUGAGCUGCACUCUAGUUACUGGUUGGACCGAUAUUCUGAUGAACAUGAUACUUUUAAAGAUGUGAAGGAAAUGUACCUAGCUUCAACUUCAUGGCACCGUGCACUGCAAAUCUCUGAUACAGCUGUUUACUUUCAUGAAAAUCAUGACUUUUUUGCAGAGAUCCAAAGUCAGAAGGACAAUACUGUAUCGCAUAUAGUCUGGAAUCCUGGAUCAGAAUUUGCUUUCUGUAAUUGUGCCUGGGCUUUGCAGGGUAACCUUUGCAAACAUGUUAUAAAAGUCAAUAUGAUGUAUGAAACUCGGCAGGGCUCGGCUUCCAUGUCCUUCCAUUCAUUUAGAGAGCUAUUGACAAGUUUAUUGAGGAAGCCCAUGGAUGAUUCAAUUGAAUUGGACAAGGCGAUGGCGUGGACUCAUCAAAUGCUAAAUCAAGUACAGAGUCUAGUUGAACUUACUAGUGCAAACAAUAUUGGCACUCUUGUGAAGAGUCUGCCCUUAAAAUGGAUAUCCAAAAAAGCUAGAACAACUGCUCAGAGACCAUUAGCAACCUCAGCUCCUGUAUCCAGCUCUGCUAAUACAAAGAGUAAUGUUACUGGACAACGGGGUCAGAAGAAACGAAAGAGACUCUCGACACUCAGAUGAGAAACAAUGGAGCCAAUAUGUGAAAAUUUUGUGGUGGUUGCCGUUGAGAAAAAGCAAUGCUGCAUAUUAUCAUCUCAAAGGAAGGUGACAGUGCAACAUCAGUGCAUCGUUAUACUCCACCUUGAUUCAUGAUUGCUCCAUUAGGUUUGCUGAUCCUUAUUGAGUUGAUCUCCAUACCAUCAAUCAUCUUGAAGUUCAAAGAUAGUGAUGACUAGAUUGAGGCUUGCAAAGCAGGUACAUGUGUAUCUCAUACCUUUUAAGUAUAUGAAGAUAUUGGUGAUGGCAAUGUGGCAGUGCUGAGAGUUGGUUACUGGUCACUUGACUGCCUGUGUAUACUGAUCAUAAUUUUGGCUCUACAGAUUUUAGGGGAAUUUAUGUUGCAAUUUAUAAUUUUGGCAAUUUAUAGGCGUCUAUCUCUGAAUUUUGUCAUAAAGAGUUGGAGUAUAUAAUUGUUUCUAUAAUUAUCAAUCUUAGGAAAUUGUUUCUUUGUCA